AUGCCUCAGAAACUAAUUAAACAGGGAUAUAAGAUCUUUAAACUGGGAGAACAGAGCUAUGUUUGGACCUUUUCCAUGUCUCAUGAUAAUCUCCGCAUAAGUACAAUGUUCCGUACUCCAGGAUUAACCAGGACUGGAUCUCUUGUGGUGGAAUUGAUUGAACGGCUGCCAGUAUCCUUGCAGAGCAUCGAGCAGCAUAUGGAGUUGAAUAACAGUAAAGAGGUAGCUGGCUAUUCAAUUUAUAUGGACAACUACUUUACCUCUGUUGCUCUAUUCCACUAUCUUCGAAAGCAAGGAAUUGGAGCUUGUGGAACCACCCGUCCAGCCAAUCUACCACCUCUUUUACAAGAACUAAAGAACUCUGGAUUAUCUGCUCAUAUUCCCUUCAAUACUCUAUUUCAUAAGCCAGACAGCUUCAUUGAACGUAUACGGAAACGUCCUGGGAUCAAUUCCACCAAUGGCUCACAAAUUCGACGUCUAUUUGGUGAUAAAUUUGAACAAGCUAUGGAGAUUCCUACCAUUAUUGAUGAUUACAAUCAUUAUAUGAAUGGGAUUGACCUAGCAAAUCAGUAUAGAGCUUCCUAUGAGACUCAUAUGCCCACCAAUCGCACCUGGUUAUCAAUUCUAUACUGGAUUAUCGAUCAUGCUAUUGUCAAUGCUUAUAUCCUUCAUCGACUGGCUACUACUUGCACUACUGGCACUACUGGCACUACUAUAUCCCAUGUUGAAUUCCGUCGGCAGCUCUAUCUUCAACUCCUGGAAUUCUCAAAUCCUCUACCUACUACUCGAUCAAAUCCAGAUCUAAAUCACCAUCGAAUUCCUCUGCCAGGACCUCGAGCUUGUGCCUGA